GCCGCAUCCUCUCACCAGCCACGGGCUCUCCUCGUCCAUUUAACAACAAAAACACAGCAACACUCGCUGUAUUUGAGGGAUCAGGGCAGAUGCACAACCACCAGGCUGGAGCGGCUCUGAUCAGCUACUAUGGAGCAACAAGCCCAAGCUCAGGAUGGAGACAUGUGCAAGUUCGUGCAAAACAACUCUUGGAGCGUAUUCAUGACAAAGGUGUUUCUGUAUUAAAGGGAAACAAGGAAGAAAAAGAGGGGAGAGCGGCAGAGACUGUAAAUCCACUCAAGUUUCUCUUUUUUUUUUGGAAGAUGAAACCACUAAUUCAGUCUGCAAUAACACAAAGAAAAUGCACCAAGAGAGCGCAGUGCUGAUAACAAACGCAAGUCACACCUGAGCUCAUACUGCCUCCCUGUUCAGCAACAGUACGUUAAUGGUUGGAACUGCCCGCCCCAACCUACAUUACUGCCCCCGCAGAUACAGCCUGAUGAUCACCGGUGCCAUGGGAGCGGUGCGGGUCAACAGAUACAGCAUCGUUUCCACAGAUGAAGAUGUCCUGAAGAUCUCCAGCCUGGGCCUCCACAACGGACACAGUCCUCUGAGCCAGCAAACGCUAUCCGGGGCCUGCAUGCGAGGUGAGGAAGGAGGAGGGGGAGGAGGAGAGUGUCCAGGAAGCGAUGACGGAAGAGGGGCUCUGUCUCUGAGGGUGACAAAUGAUCCGAUUGUCCACAACAGCUGCCGAGCUUCACCUUCGUGCCGCCUGGGCCUGGAUCUGGGCACCGGGCGUGUGCGCAGUCGCUUUGUGAAGAAGAAUGGCCAGUGCAACGUGGUUUUCAACAACAUGGAGGAUAAACCACGGCGAUACCUGGCUGACAUCUUCACCACUUGUGUGGACAUACGCUGGCGCUACCUCCUGCUCAUCUUCACCACCACCUUCCUUCUGUCUUGGCUGCUGUUUGGCCUGAUCUUUUGGGGAGUGGCAUACGCUCAUGGAGACUUUGACAUUCGCAUCCCUGAUAAGGACGGAGAUGCUCGAAGUAGCACAGAGGAAGGAAAAACCGAGCGGCGGCCAUGUAUUCUCCACAUCCAGGGUUUCAUUGGGGCAUUCCUCUUCUCCAUAGAGACCCAGACCACCAUUGGAUACGGUUUCCGGUGUGUAACCGAAGAGUGUCCGUUUGCAGUGGUGACCGUUGUGGUGCAGUCCAUUGUGGGCUGCAUUAUUGACUCCUUCAUGAUAGGGACCAUCAUGGCAAAGAUGGUGCGGCCCAAAAAGCGGGCGCAGACCUUGCUGUUCUCGCAUCACGCUGUCAUCGCUCUGCGAGACGGGAAGCUGUGCCUCAUGUGGCGCCUGGGGAACAUGCGCAAAAGCCACAUUGUAGAGGCCCACGUCCGUGCUCAGCUCAUAAAGCCCUACGUGACUGCAGAGGGCGAAUACCUCCCCUUGGAGCAAACGGACAUUGAUGUCGGCUACGACGACGGACUGGAUCGGCUGUUUCUGGUGUCGCCCCUGGUGGUGGUCCACGAGAUCAACAAGAACAGUCCUCUGUAUAACCUGAACCGCAAUGACCUGCAGAAGGAGGACUUUGAGAUUGUGGUCAUCCUGGAGGGCAUGGUGGAGGCGACAGCUAUGACUACUCAGGCUCGCAGCUCUUACUUGGCCAAGGAGAUCCUUUGGGGUCACCGCUUUGAGCCUGUGGUGUUUGAGAAGGGCGACCGCUACCAUGUGGACUAUUCCCGCUUCCAUAAGACCUAUGAAGUGCCAUCUACACCUAUAUGCAGUGCCAGGGAACUGAACCAGAUGAUGGGUCACAGGGGGCACUCCUCAUCCUCCAGCUCGAGCUGCUCUCAGUCCCCAUCGCCGUUUGCUCCGAGGGCGAGCCAUCGCCUGCUGGGCUCACACUCCCCCAGCGCUUUCUGCUAUGAGAAUGAGGUAGCUUUGUGCUGUGGGGAUGAUGAGGAUGAGAAGGAUGCGAAGGAGGAGCUGGGCGAUUUAGGUUUCAAGGAGACAUUUGUGGAAGAGCAGAGAGUGGAGAUGUUAUGUGUUCUGGACACAGAAAAUCAGAUCAGCCUUGACAGACUACAGCCUGCUCUACCUUUAUACAUAAGCAGAGAGUCAGGAGUUUAAUCAAUGGUAAUGGCUGCUCUUCCAUUUAUUUCCUCUCUUUGCGUGCACCCAACCAAAGUAUUGAACUCUUGUAAAAAAUAAAAGCUGGCGAACGCAAUUUAAAGCAUACACGUGGAGGUCUUGCGAAAAUACACAGCUUUUAGUUCACAUGGUUUCAGAUAAUGCACACUUUCAGUGUAACAUCAACAUCUGUCGAACCGCACAGCUCAGCUGCUCUUAAACACGGUGACGAGGUAAUUCUCUUCAAUCACGAGUUACCCUGAAAAUUCAAUUGCUUACUUGUCUGUUUCUGUGUGACCUGUGUUUUAGGUGCAACUAAGCUUUGUGUUAUUGAUUUCCAUUCAUUUUUGUUUUUGUAAAUAUGAUAUAAUUUUCUUUUAACUUUAUAAUGAGUUGACAUGAUAUGCAGAUAGCUACAGGAUAAAAAUAAGUAAGCAUGACGCAGAUGCUUCAAACUUUAACACACUUGUUUUCUUUGUGUAAAAAUAAAUGACUUCUGUAUUUUCAUCUUCUGUCUUCUUGCCUGAAUUCUGCUGCAUUUCACAUCUGAUAAGUAAGCACUUCUCUCUUUUUUCUUUCAGAAUUCAUCACUGUAUAUUCUUUAGCGCUAACAAAGCACAGAUAAAAUCCAGAACCACACGAUACAAUUCAAACCUGUGCACACGACGAACAAGCACUUUAUUCUUACUUUUUUUCAACAAACACAAACACUUUGCAACUGUGUGAUGUUUUGUAUGAACAA